AUGUCUCUCAGAACCGUUGCUGCCGCUACCAUCAUCGCCGCCGCCAACCUGGUGGCUGGACACGGUGCCAUCAUUGGCGCUGUCGGCCCCGCCGGCGGCUCCGGCAUGGCCCUUGGUGUCGAUCCCAGCACUCCCCGUGACGGCACUCGCGCCAGGCCCUUCCAGACUGAUUCCACUCGCUUCAAGGGCCCCAACGCCGACACCUUCGGCCAGACCACCGGCGGCGGCGAGAACGAUCUCGAGGCCGGCACCAAGUCCAUCAUGGCCAUGACUGGCGACAUGCUUCCCCAGGUCACCCCCGGCAGCACCCUCGAGAUGACUGUCCACCAGGUCAACGCCGACGGUGGUGGCCCCUACGACUGCAUGAUCAACUCCGACGCCACCGGUGCUAGCUGGACCAACGUCGACGUUCCCGUCACUGUCCCCGGCCAGAACUCGCGCAACCGCGCUGGUGCCAUGACCGACUUCCCCCUCAAGGCCCAGAUCCCCGCGGACCAGACUUGCACUGGUACCGUCGCCGGCCAGUCCAACGUUUGCUUGGUCCGUUGCCAGAACGCUGCCCGCGCCGGCCCCUUCGGUGGCAUUGUCCCCGUCCAGAUGGCCCAGGCUGGCAACACAGCAGCCGCCGCUCGCCGCAACUUGGCCCGCGCCAUCAGCGAGACUGAGCGCCAGUUCAAGCGCAUGGUGAAGCGCGCUGCCGAGGACACCGAGAUGGCCGAUGAGGAGGAAGAUGAGGAGUAA